AAAUAGGGGGCCAGGAAGCUGCAGUUAAUUUUUUUCGGGAGGAGUAAGUAGCGACCAGGAACUGUGGGCUGUGUUUGGGAAAUCAGGACUGUAGGGCAGUAUGAAAGCUGUAUAGGGGAAAGAACAUGCAGGUACCCUAGCAACCGAAGUGUGCGGCUGACAGAAGGGGGGCAGGUAAUCCAAGUAAGUGCUGCACAACCGCCCCCCUUAAGACCUAAAACCCGCUGGACACGGAGAUUGUCCCUCAGUCCUUCCCUGAUGGCGACCCUGGAUGCUGGAUGUUUUAUAUCUGACACCUAGGGAUGAGAUGGAAUCCCCGGCUUGGGAUCCAACCAAAAACGACUCUUUGCCACCCACUUUGACCCCCGCUGUUCCGCCGUAUGUGAAGCUGGGGCUAACCACUGUGUACACCAUCUUUUACCUGCUGCUUUUUGCCUUCGUAUAUGUGCAGCUAUGGCUGGUCCUGCACUACAAGCACAAAAGGUUCAGCUAUCAGACUGUCUUCCUCUUCCUUUGCCUGCUGUGGGCGUCCCUCCGGGCCGUGCUUUUCUCCUUUUAUUUCAGGAACUUUGUGGAGGCCAACAGGCUGGGAGCUUUCACUUUUUGGCUCCUAUAUUGUUUCCCGGUUUGUCUGCAGUUCUUCACCCUGACCCUGAUGAAUCUCUACUUUGCCAGGGUCAUAUACAAAGCCAAAUCUAAAUAUUCACCAGAACUGAUCAAAUACAGAUUACCUCUGUAUUUGGUCUUUCUCUUCAUCAGUCUUCUCUUCUUAGUGGUGAACCUGACUUGUGCAAUUUUGGUGAAGACAGACUAUACAGAGACAAAAGUCAUUGUAUCCAUAAGAGUUGCUAUCAAUGACACGCUGUUUGUGCUGUGUGCAGUAUCCCUUUCAGUAUGUCUUUACAAGAUAUCAAAAAUGUCACUUGCUGGUGUUUACCUGGAGUCAAAGGGAUCAUCUGUAUGUCAAGUUACUUGUAUUGGAGUGACUGUGAUAUUACUUUACACAUCAAGGGCAUGUUACAACUUGGUUGUCCUCUCCUUAUCAGACUCUCGCUACAGUUCAUUUGAUUAUGACUGGUACAAUGUAUCAGAUCAGGCAGAUUUGAAGUGCAAGUUGGGAGAUGCUGGAUACAUUGUCUUUGGCAUAAUUCUGUUUGUUUGGGAGCUGUUUCCAACAAGUCUGGUAGUAUAUUUCUUCCGUGUUCGAAAUUCUGCACAAGAUAUGACAAACCCAGGAAUGGUCCCUAGUCACGGAUUUAAUCCCAGAUCUUAUUUUUUUGAUAAUCCUCGAAGAUAUGAUAGUGACGAUGAUCUGGCUUGGAAUAUUACACCACAAAGUCUGCAGGGAGGCUUCGGUCCAGAUUAUUUUGACUGGGGAAAUAGAAAUAGCUUUGGAUCCCAAACUGGAUCGCUUCAGAGAGAUUCCACAUAAGUCAAAGAAAUUAUGUCUGUCUUAAAUUGAUUUUUUAUUAUGUUUAAUUUUCAAGGGUUCUCCAGUUCACCCCCAAUGAAAGUGAAACCCUUUGAGUUCAUUUUUUAUGUUACAACAAAGACAUUUUAAUUUCUUUUAACAUUGGGACCAUUCAGCUUGCACAUAAGAAUUUGUAGAGAAUGUUAGUCAUUCAGUUUGUAUUUAUUUUUUUUUCCUUUAAAUAGAUUUUACUGUUUCACAUUUGGUCAGUAUCAGGAACAUAACGCAUAUGCAACAAUUUUAGUAAAAUAAGGUAAGGCUAAUACUAAAAGACACAAUGUAACAGGAAAGUAUUGCUAAACUCCUAAUGUAUAAAACAAUUAUAUGUUUAGAAAAAAAUUGCACAUUAUUUUUUCUGAAACGAUGGUUGCUAAGUGCAAUAUAAUGUUUACUUACAGAGACUUGCAUUAAUUAAUAUGUUUGCAAAUGUUGGAGAUUAAUAAGUGAUACAUUAUCAUGUUUUAUUCUUGCAUCCAAUGAAAUGAGUUUUAAAUAAAUUAAUGUUUAUUAAUAAACUACAGUUUUCUACUGGAA